CGCGCGUGGCCGUGGUGGUUUCAGGAUAAGUUAUCUAUUGCAACAAGUGAACCAAUUGCACCCGGCUAUAGACAAGGGCUACUUCAAAUAUAAAAAGGCCACGGCCACCUGAUCAGCUUCACUUAACACACUGACGAAGCAGUGUCAGCAAUGAGGUUUCAAGUAGCAGUCGCCCUUCUCGCUACAGCCUUCGCUUGCCUUGUUGCGUCCUCAACAGGUCAAGGAGACGAAAGGAAAUGUGCCCGAGCAUUUCCGCUGCCACCGUGGAAAUCGUCUUACAGGACGGGGUGCACGUACCUAUGCCGAGAGUGGCCAUUCCGGUAUGAAAACGAGCCCGAUGGAAUUCAUUGUGGGGCCUUGGCAGCCUUUAUUAAAACACAUGUCUGCCGUGACGGAAAAUGCGUGAAGGCUGAAAACGUUCAAACCACUGCUGCUGAUGAAGAAUACUUCAGCACUAGCCCUUCCACCAAGCACUGA